AACCUUUUUUCCUGACAAACAGGCCAAUACUGCAUAAAUAGAGAGCGAAAAUGGCUUAUAGCAUAACACGAACUACUAAUCUCGAACUGGGAUCAUCUGGAAGUUUCAUCAGCGCAAGAAAAAUCAUUAGAUCUGCUAAGAAGAAUGAAGUCUUUAGUUUUUAAUGUUGUACUUAUCCUAUCACUCGUGCGCAUGCGCAGUACAGAGGGCCAUGGUCGAUUGCUACAACCGCCAAGCAGGUCCAGUAUGUGGAGAUACAAGUAUACCGACCCUAUGCUGUCUCCAUACGCCGAAAUCAUUCAAUCUAAUUACGACGACAAUGGUCUGAACUGCGGCGGCAAAAAUACACAAACUGUUAACGAAGGACGAUGCGGCGUUUGUGGAGAUUCUUACACUGCUGCUGUGAAAGAGAAUGAAGCAGGGGGGAAAUAUGCACUGGGUAUCAUUGGCAGAAUUUAUUCUCCUGGUGAAAUUAUUGACACUCAAGUUGAAAUAACUGCGGAACACAAAGGCUACUUUGAGUUUCGUCUCUGUCCAUGGGAUAACGUUCAUGUACCAGUCACCCACGAAUGCUUGAACCAAAGGUUGUUGUCGUUUGCUGACGGAGAAAAGAAAUGGUAUUUGCCCCAGGACGCCGAUCUUGCAAAGGGAGUUCACAACAUAAAAGUUCAACUGCCUAGUGAUGUCUUAUGCGAGCAAUGCGUUUUACAGUGGAGAUACAGAACAGGAAACUCAUGGGGUUAUGAAGACGGAAAGGAAGGUAUGGGACUUGGACAACAAGAAGAGUUUUACGGCUGUUCAGAUGUUGCGAUACGAGGAAACAUUCAGCCUUCCACCACUUUUACUGUACCGACAACCAGAUCGACUGUAACUCCUGAAAUGUUGUCAACUACCCGUCUAUCGGUCCCUUUAUCAACAACAACAAAAACAUUAAGUUCUAGUUCAGUUUCGACUUCAACAAAAAAUCCAGGGGUUGCCAGCUCAACUAUGACGUCAUCUACAACAUCAACGAUUGGUGAACACGUGGUCACGGACUCGACUCAAACUCCAAGCAUUGCAACACCACCAGAUUGCAGCCAAGUGAUGCCAGGAAAAAUGUUCUUCAGAGAUUGUCACAGUUUCUACAUUUGCGCCCAUUCAUUUCUUCCACCUUACAAUCUCCCAUGUCCAGAAGGAACCGUUUAUAGUAGAGUUGGUGAUAUGUGCGAUCACCCAUAUCUUGUGGACGCGCCGUGUGGAUAUUUAUAAUUUUAACAUGGCAUUAACCGCGUAUUUAUAACUGUAUAACUGUAAUUACCGUACACUGCUAUCAAUCUCAGUAGAACUAGCUGUAUUUGGGCAUUUUUCCAUCUUUUUGUGCACAUUUUGUUAAUCUUUAUGUUAGUGUUUUUUUGCAAUAAAAUUUUACUCUAAACUUCGCAUUUACAGCAAUGUUUUUACAUGUCAAAGUUAAAAUUGACAACAAUUGCCCAACGCGUUUAUACUACCAUGCUUUUGACAAAGGGGCAUUCUCCUACUAACUUUUAUUUUUGCUAAAUUAUAUAAACGCUUUGGAUUGAAAAUAAAAAAGAAAUCAAUUUAUUAA